CUGCAUUGGUGUCGGUGUGCGCCACUGACAGUCGCUGCUCUCGUUUGGCGCAAGUAACAAGGUGAAAAUGACUACAAAGUUGCAAAGCUGCGCCUACAAUUAAUCACCGACAAGCGCUGACAGCUCCACACAGACAACAACAAGCUACACAAGAGGGCGUUUCUACACGAAUCAAAGGUCGUCGGACAGUGGACCUAGUUAAUCGUGUAUUGCUGAUCCAGGUAUAUUGUUGUUCGCCGUUUCCCGUGAACGCGCCGGUAGCUGAUGUCAUUGGAACAGGUGCGCGAAACCCAAGUUAACAACAGUCGCCCUAGAUCGCGAGGGAUUACACACGGAUGUGAGUGUUUUUCUACGGCGUUUCAUUCAUCGGCUGGUAUUACGAAGCGAUUUGAGGCUGUAAUAUUUUUAUGUGCCUGGAUAAAGUAGGCUGUCCUGCCUCGGGUGCUAGUUUAUGGCCAUUUCCGUGUCUUUUCCUCCUAGAAAGCGCUUCGUUUGAAGGCGACACUUCUUGGUGAGCAGUGAGGUCUACCACAGAUUUUGUCAGGGCAAUGAAGAGCCCUUUUACCUUCGUGUGAGCUUCGGUACGUGAAUUUUGACUGAACCGUACGGGGAAUAUACUAUUUUAAGGACCGAGCGAUGCCGACUCCGAAGUUUUAAAACGUUUCUUUUUCACCAAGACAUGGGAAUGAAGUCGCUUUGCUUUACUGCGCUCUAAACGCGUUUGCAUAAGGAAAUAACCUGUUUUUUAAAAGACUCAUUUACGAAAGGGAUUAAUCAUGUCCAAGACGCUGAAAAAGAAGAAACAUUGGUCGAGCAAAGUGCAGGAAUGCGCCGUUUCGUGGGGUAACGCCGGGGAGCUCAGCGCCGUGCUGGAGAUACGCGGAGGCGCCGAGCACGGAGAGUUCCCGCACCUGGGACAGGUGUUGUCGGACGCGUUAGUGUGCCAUGUCGGCAGGCUACCUGCUCCUGGAGAUGUGCUUCUGGAGGUGAACGGCACGCCUGUCAGCGGACUGACAAACCGAGACACCCUCGCCGUCAUCCGCCACUUUCGCGAACCCCUCCGUCUGAAGACCGUGAAGCCAGGUAAGGUGUUGAACACGGAUCUGCGUCAUUACCUCAGCCUGCAGUUCCAGAAAGGCUCUUUGGACCACAAGCUCCAGCAGGUGAUCAGAGAUAACCUGUACCUGCGCACCAUUCCCUGUACCACGAGGCAGCCUCGCGAAGGGGAGGUUCCAGGAGUGGACUAUAAUUUCAUCAGCGUGGGGGAGUUUCGUGUGCUGGAGGAGAGCGGCUUGCUACUGGAAAGUGGAACGUAUGAUGGUAAUUACUAUGGCACUCCAAAGCCACCUGCAGAGCCUAGUCCAGUGCAGCCUGAUCUUGUAGACCAGGUUCUGUUUGAUGAGGAGUUUGACGCCGAGGUCCAGCGCAAACGCACCACAUCUGUCAGCAAAAUGGAUAGAAAGGAUAGCGCAGCUCCUGAGGAAGAGGAGGAGGAUGAGAAGCCACCCAUGGUCAAUGGGCUUACAGAACACAAGGACGGACCAGAGUGGAGGAAAGCUGUGCCUAGCUACACGCAGUCCAGCAGCAGCAUGGACUUCCGCAACUGGAACGCGCUGCCACGUGAUGAGAGCCAGGAGCCUCUGCCCAAGAACUGGGAGAUGGCCUAUACAGAAACGGGAAUGGUCUACUUUAUAGAUCAUAAUACCAAGACCACGACCUGGCUCGACCCACGACUGGCAAAGAAAGCCAAGCCUCCUGAAAAAUGCGAGGAUGGAGAGCUUCCAUAUGGCUGGGAGAAGAUUGAGGACCCGCAGUACGGGACUUAUUAUGUGGACCACAUCAACCAGAAGACUCAGUUUGAGAAUCCAGUGCAGGAAGCCAAGAAGAAACUCGGCCAGGACGCGUCUCCAACCAGUCAGCCAAUAGCAGCGGCCACAGGAGCAGUACCGACGCCCUUAAAUGAAGCUGCUUUAAGGGGAUUCACACGGGACCCAUCUCAGCUGCAGGGUGCUAUCUUGCGCACAAGUCUGAAGAAGAGUCCUCAGGGCUUUGGUUUCACCAUUAUCGGUGGAGACCGACCAGAUGAAUUCCUUCAAGUGAAGAACGUCCUGAGAGAUGGACCCGCCGCACACGAUAACAAAAUCGCUUCGGGUGAUGUUAUAGUGGACAUAAAUGGUACAUGUGUAUUGGGCAAGACCCAUGCAGAUGUAGUCCAGAUGUUCCAGUCCAUUCCUGUGAAUCAGUAUGUGGAUAUGGUCCUGUGCCGUGGAUACCCACUGCCAGAGGACACCAGCUCCAGCGAAGAGGGCACGGGCGACACCAUGACUGCCAUGCCGGGAAUGGACGGGCAGCCUGUCCAUUCAGAUGGGACCCCAUCCCUGCAGGACCUUCAUUACAUGACCACCGAUGGCAGACAUCCAGCAGCAGCAAUGCCCAACGGACGCUACCCAGAGGCGGGGGAGAGCACCCUGCUGCAGCCCGAGCUGGUCAGCGUGCCUUUGGUAAAGGGGCCGAGCGGAUUCGGCUUUGCCAUCGCAGAUUGUCCACUGGGCCAGAAGGUGAAGAUGAUAUUGGACGCGCAGUGGUGCCGAGGUCUGCUGAAGGGGGAUGUGAUAAAGGAAAUUAACAGGCAGAACGUACAAACCCUCACUCAUGCGCAGGUGGUGGACAUCCUCAAAGACCUGCCUAUGGGCAGCGAGGUCAACGUGCUGGUGCUCAGAGGAGGUCAGACAUCUCCCGUGAAGUCUCUGAAACCUAUGACUCCAGCUAUUCCCAGUACCCAGAAGCAGGACAUUGCAACCAGUUCUGUCAGUAAUGAAACUCCCAAUCCGGCGGAGCCUGGGCCACAGUCCCUCCCCUUCCCUCCUCACGCCAUCCGCUCCAGCUCGCCAAAACUGGACCCAUCUGAGCUCUACCUCAAGUCUAAAGCCAUGCUGGACAGCAAGCCUGCCAACACUAAAGAACUGGACGUGUUUAUAAGGAGGAACCAGGAAACUGGAUUUGGGUUCAGAGUGCUGGGUGGAGAAGGACCGGAUCAGCCAGUGUACAUUGGUGCCAUCGUUCCUCUGGGUGCCGCAGAAAAGGACGGGCGUCUAAGAGCUGGAGAUGAGCUCAUCUGUAUUGACGGCGUUCCUGUCAAAGGCAAAUCUCACAAACAAGUUCUGGAGCUCAUGACCAACGCUGCCCGCAACGGGCAGGUGAUGUUGACUGUGCGCAGAAAGCUCAACUAUCCAGCAGAACGAGAGGAAGAUGAUGGGGGUCAACCUCAGGCCCCACAUGCUCCAACGCUAGUCAACGGCUCACCCAAACCACCCCACAUCGAGGUGUCCGGCCACAGCCACCCUCAGCCCUACGACGUCACUCUUCAGCGCAAGGACAACGAGGGCUUCGGAUUCGUCAUCCUCACCUCCAAAAACAAGCCUCCGCCUGGAGUUAUCCCGCAUAAGAUUGGUCGCAUCAUAGACGGCAGUCCCACAGACCGCUGCGGUCGGCUAAAAGUGGGUGACCGCAUCUCUGCUGUGAAUGGCCAGUCGAUUAUUGAGCUGUCCCACAACGACAUCGUCCAGCUCAUCAAAGAAGCUGGAAAUGCUGUUACCCUCACCGUGGUGCCUGAGGAGGAACACAGCGGACCUCCGUCAGGCACUAGUUCAGCCAAGCAGAGCCCAGCCACCCAGCACAGAGCCGUGGGACAGCAGCCUGCCAACCGAGAUGACAGGAAUGGCGUUGAAACGGAUGAGAGGAAAGACGCUAUGGCCCGAGCGGAGUACAAAUCCCAGGCGCAGGGUGAAAUGGGGUCUGUCAUCACCUCAGGACCAAAGCAGGGCUGUUAUCCUGUGGAGUUGGAGAGAGGACAGAGAGGUUUUGGCUUCAGUCUGCGAGGAGGGAAGGAAUAUAACAUGGGCCUCUUUAUCCUUAGAUUAGCUGAGGACGGCCCUGCGUUGAAAGAUGGCAGGAUACAUGUGGGAGAUCAGAUCGUGGAGAUCAACGGUGAACCCACGCAGGGCAUUACACACACACGGGCCAUUGAGCUCAUCCAGGCCGGGGGCAAUAAAGUGUUGCUGCUUUUGAGGCCCGGACUGGGCCUGGUGCCUGAUCAUAAUAUGAUGACAGGUCCAUCUGCAAACUCUCCAAGGUAUUCCGCAUCCAAUGAGCCGUCGACACCAGCAUCUCCAUCCUUCAUCUCUCACUCCCCUGAGGUCAAACCCUCUCCACCCGAGGAUUUCUUCUUCGACCCAAUGGCCGCUUCGCACGGACAGCUCCAUCAACAUUACAGAGAUGCCAAACAGCAAACUAGAAAGAUCGACCCAAGCAUGCCUCGCGACAACAAUGACAAUUUUACACUCCCCCGAAGACAGGAUGGGAAAGAACGCUCACGGAGUCCAAAAAAGACUCCAAAUCUGGACACCAGUGAGCGAGAACCUCGAUCCACAAGCCCCAGGAAGACCAAGAAGGAUCAGAACGUUGGGAUCAGACAGGAGAUGCCUCAAAACUCUGGAAGGAGAUACAAAGACGAGGACACUAUGCACAAGCAGGACCGGGAAACGGGAGAAACCAGACCUGAGGUCUCCAGAGGCGGCAGUGACCGAUACCAGAGGGACAAGAUGGCAGAACCUCAACGGUCUGAAAGCGGUACCCUCAACCGGAAGGACUACAGAGGACGAGACAGGCCUCGAGCAGAGGAGGACAUUGAGGGUGAGACUCCACACAAUGGGAACCCUACCACCAAGAGAGCACCUAUAACCCCAGGCCCCUGGAAGGUGCCCAGCUCCACAAGGGUUCAGCCUCCGGUGCAUGGAGUCUAAUGCGUUUGGGAGCAGUUGUUGAUGUGAAUCACUGUGGAUUUUGUCUUUUUUGUAUGACUAUCACCAUCUGCACUGAUAACAUGGAGCGUUUGCUUGUGUCCACCAACAAUACGAGCCUCAGUUUUGUUUUGUGCCAAUCAGACUGCAGCUACAGACUCGUCCAUGUCUCCUGUGACGAUAACAUGAAGGAUGCUUUUCUGUGAAGGUUUAAAUGUCUAAUAAUAUUUAAAAGUGGGGAUAGUUCAGCCAAAAAAAUGAAAAUUCUGUCAGCAUCGUCUCACCUUGUUGGUGUUACGAACCUGCAUGUCUCCGCAGAACACAAAAGAAGAUAUUUUGAAGAAUGUUGGUAACCAAACCAAUUUGGCAACCAUCGACUUCUGUUGUAUGGACUAUUAAAUCUUUUAUCCUGCACAAAAUGACAUGAGGAUGAGUGAAUUAUGACAAAAUGUACAUUUUUGGGUAAACUAUCCCUUUAAUUCUUCAUCUUUGAUUCGCCGCAUGUCCUUACAAUGACUUUUCCAGUGAUGAGAUCCAGUCCUGAGAAGUGACUUUGUGUAGGCUGUGCAUUCGCUUUUUUUUGCGGUGAAUUUUCCAACAUAUCCAUCUUUAAAGACCAGAAACUUGUGGUUAAGUAUAUUGUUUACUACUUGUGUGUUGAUGAAGACGCAUAUGUAAUUUAUUGAAAUGAAUAUGAUUAUAUAAGCAUAUACAUGUAUAGAGGUAUAGAUAUUUGUAUCCAUUCUGAGCCAGGUCACUUAUUAGUGUUCCAGCUUGCCGAUACGACUUUCGGCUUCCUAACAAACACAUAUUUUUUCACAGUGCUACAGCUUUUACAGUUUAUCUCGGUGGAGCAUUUGCAAGGUGUGUACAUUUGGGAUCAAAUGUUUGCUCAUAUCAUUAGAAGGUGAAGCAGAAGUGGGAGAAAUUCAGAUAUAUUUUUGCAUACUAUCCAAUCUAACAUAUAUUUUUUCUUAUUCCGUACUGCAUUGUUCAUAUUCAUUUAUCAUUUAAAGUGUCUUUGUGCAUCUGCAUCUUUCAGAUCGUCCUAUUAAAUGUCGAGAUGCUGUCUUAUAUCCAAGGGAAAUGUAGCUAUGAAUUCUCUGUUGGAUGUUAUUCAUCAGGUUCUUAAAGCCUCAAACAAUUGGCACAGAUGCAGACACAAUGUCCGAUAUCUUCUUUCGUAACAGUAUUUUCGAAAUACCAUGAGUGCCCGUAUGGGCAGAGCAGACAUCAGUCAACUAUUGCAUAUGCUACAGUGCUUCUGUUUUGUCAUGAUGAAAAAUGUGAAUACUUUCUAAUAUGGUUUAUGAUUGCUUCUUGAUCAUUAAUCUCAACCCUUUUGUAGCUUGUUUCUCAUGUCAUGAGGUUGUAUGUAUGAUACUGUGGCCUUGCAUUGCUUUAUCUUACACAAAAAAGCCUUGUGGUCUCUACAUUGUGGUAGUUGUAAAUGUUUAUAAAAAUACAAUGUACAGCACCUGUAAAAAAAAAAAAAAAAAAAAAACUUGCCUUCGUGAGGGGAAAAAGAAGAAAAAAAAAUCUAUAAAUCGCUCCAUUAUUUUUUUAAGUAAUUGAGAGUAUAAGCAUAUAUAGAGAGAGAGUGGUUACAGAAAUUAAUCUGGUCAUGACUUUCUGUUCAUGCACUGAUGAAUAAAGAUUUACUGAAAAGAUG